AUGGUCCCGGACUCUUCACGUGCGGAAAUUUUUUUAAUGAGAGCAAUGGAAUUCGCAUUCGAACAAGGUUUAGGUGCUGAUGAUCCUGUUGUCAUAGAUAUUUGGUUACGUCUAGCUUACAAUCAUGUUUGGGUGGGAAAAUUGGACGAGUCUAUUACUAUUUAUCGGUCAGUAUUGGAGACAUUAGUGAAGUCAGGAAAAGAGGAAAAUUUGAAAAGGUCAAUCGAUGUCGCCAAGAAGAUAGGCGAUUUAUACGUCAAGGUUCAGGAAUUCGAUAUCGCGGAAAAAUACUUUUGUUGGGCAAUCAAGAUGUCACAAGGGGAUUGUGCUCAAUUGAUUAAGGAGCACACCAAUUUUGUCGAAGAACACCCAUCCGGACAAAAGAAAUACGAUCUAGCAUUACCAUUAUACUUGGGAGUACUGAAAAUGAUACGAUCAAGGCCAAAAGAUUCUGUUAUGCAAUCGAAAGUAGAAACCAAAGUAAAAGAUAUUAGUGAACACGGUGGUCAAGAAAUUUCUUGGAAUUGUUUGGAGGCUAUUAUAAUGGGGCAUAUAGGUGAGGUGUUUUACGGUCUCGGGAAGAGAGAGGAAGCUUUAGGUUGGAUGCAACGAGGUUUAAAUGUUGCUAGAGAUGGAAGUGGCAUUAGAGAUUGUGAUGAAUGCGCAGGUGCGAUUCUUUAUAAUUUAGGACUAAUUUACGAGAAAGAUGGAAAAACAGAAACCGCCAUUUCUUUACUCAAUCAAGCAAUGGGAUUUGCCGAAAAAGCUCAAGAUUUAAGAGGAAUUGAAGACUGCACA